GCUAGACAAAGGAGCGAAAGGCGAAGCCGCAUUGACCGUGUCUCUCAUGCUUUCAGGGCAUUUGGCGUCAGCGCAGGCGCACAAACCCCGCCUCUCUCUUGUGCUGUGUGCAUUCGCAUUGUGUCUAAACAGGCAGCGAGCAAAAAGAUAUUUUACCAACAGCAGUAAUGUCGGGCAGGUCGGUUCGAGCGGAGACGCGGAGCAGGGCGAAAGAUGACAUCAAGCGGGUUAUGGCUGCAAUUGAAAAAGUGCGGAGAUGGGAGAAGAAAUGGGUGACUGUUGGAGACACGUCACUGCGAAUCUACAAGUGGGUACCAGUGACAGAGCCCAAGUCAGAUGAUAAGAGCAAGAAAAAGAAGAAAGGAAAAGAUGACAAAUAUGGUUCUGAGGUCACGACCCCUGAGAACAGCUCUUCUCCUGGAAUGAUGGAUAUGCAUGAUGAUAACAGUAACCAGAGCUCCAUUGCAGACUCCUCUCCACUGAAGCAAGAGACCAGCAACAACACUAGUCCUGUACCUGAACCCAUGGCAGCUUCUCAGAAUGACAGCAAUGACUUGAAAAGUGACCAAUAUCCUUCCAAACAGCCUUCAUCUGUUCAAGAUCAUAAAAGUGAACAAAACCACUGCUCAUCAGAAUCUAUAACAGCCAAAAGGGACAGCAAGUCACAGGGGGAUUCCGAACACUUUUUAGACUCUUCCAAAUCAGCCCAGGAUUUGGAAGAUGGUGCUCCUCCAAGCAAAAAAGGGAAAAUCGAUUCUUCCUCUGAAGAAAGUUAACUAUCUUCUGCCAGCUGUCAGACAUCACAACAUAGGAGGUUUUCUUCAGUUCUACACUCUUCCCUACUACCAUCUAUUCACUUUAAUCCAGAAAACCCGUCUCUUGCGGUCAUUUUUAGUGUGGAAAGCAGGUCGGGAUCAUCAUUGUCUGAGUAAUGAAUCAAGCUGUGAGAUAUUGUACUGAUUCUAAAACAGAUCUUGCUGUCCUACAAUCACUACAUGCUAUUUCUUUUGCUAAGAUCAGUAUUGUCAAUUGAAACGGCACUGGAACCGCCAUAGUUUUUCCAAAUUGGCAUUGAUAUCAACUGCCAUUUGCAAUUAAAAAAAAUUAGUAUCACUCACCUUUUCUUGUUCACUCAGGAAGGUCAACACACUGUUUUAUAAAUCACGCUGAAAGUAACUGAUUUCUGCUGCUGUAGUUUAGUGAGAUUUCACCAUAAGUAGCUAAAUAUAAAGAAAGGCAAAUGGUACUAGUCACAAGUUAUCCAACUUCUCCUGUGAAGACCAUAGCUUGUAGCAUAGGACCUGCUUGUUUGAGCACAUUUGUGUUACUUCGAAAAUGAAUUUUUCAUUCCUUUUGUCUCAUCUGUCUACAUAAUUCUCCAAGUGCCCACAUUUUGGUUUUUUUUUUUCCUUUGCAUUAAUGUACAACUUAAACUGUGGCUGGCAUUCAAAGCAAGCUUUGAAAUGCUGGUUGCCAUUUCAACAGCACUACAACCUUCCGGCGUCCACAAGGGAUACAAUAAUAGCACCACAUUGAUACAUGAAAUUCACAAAUUACCGUUUCUUUCAGCAGCAACUGUACUGACCGCAUGCGUCGUCGUCCAAGGAAAAACCUGACAUUGAUUAGAUUGUAACACAGGCAGGUAAUGGGUAGAUAGCUGUGCGAAUACCUCAUACUCAGUCCAGCAGUGCUGGAAUGUAAACACUAAGUAUGACUUUCUCGAAAUGACUCUGUUACUUAUGCUUGAAAAAUAAAAUGUAUAUAUUUAUACAAAUACGUUUUUGCUACCCUUAUGGUUUUGCCACAGUCUUUCGCCAAACUAUUGCCUUCUGUAGUUUAAUCUUUGAAACCUUAAGCAAAAUGUAUUCAUUGGGAACAUAUUGUUUUUUUUUUUCUUUCCCAGUCUAUAAUAGAAAUGUCUUGUACAGAAGUAUGGUUGUGUCUAACCUAUUUAUUCCACAUGUAGUUUAUUGGUUUUCUAAAAAAACAAAUAAAAUAUUUCCUUUGAAAGCUC